GACAGGGUUUAUUUUUGAAAUCAUCCUGUGGUGAAGAUGAAGGACUUCACCAUGAAGGGAAGUUUUCUCUUUCUUUGGCUGUUGAAUUUCUAUUCGACCUGUAGUCAUGGAGAACAGUCGCCGGACUUCAUGAUUUUAGCAGGCCCUUUAACCAACCAUUUUGUAAAGGAAUUGAAAAGAAACCCUUUGGCCAGUCAGAUUUUGCCAUCAGGAGCUUCAGGUGCAGAUGAUUUGUUUGACUGCAGAGAUAGUCUCCCAACACAGUCCAGAGACUUCUUUCAGUACCUGCAGGACAGAGGGGUGACACAUUAUAAAGUUCCCCUGUCCUGGUUAAACAUCCUUCCUACUGGUGAUCCCAGCCAACCCCAUGAAGACACAGUAACCUGCUACAGGACCCUCAUGAAGCUACUGACUCAGUCAGGCAUCCAACCUGUGAUUGAGCUCCACCGUUCUACACUCCCUGAAGGCCUUAGGAUCAGAUAUGGAGGCUGGGAGAACCCAGAUGUGGGGCAACUCUUUAAGGACUAUGCAGAUUUUGUUCUUACCAAGUUUGCAGAUCUGGCUGACUCUUACAUCACGUUUAGUUAUGUACAUGAGCUCAAAGACUUAGUGCAAGUUCAACAUGCUCUCCACCUUCAUUCAGAUGUGUAUACACUGUACCAUAAUAUAUUUAAAGGAGUCCAUGUGUCCCUUGGAAUGAGUGAGAGUGAUAUCACCAAUCUUUACCAAAUAGCUCCUCUGGACCUGAAAAAUAUAGACUUCUUGUCUGUGCACAUGGAAUAUAACUGCAAAACCACAGCAAGUCUGAGAGAAGCAUUAACACGUAUGCAGGAAACCAUUGGUCAACAACACAUUCUCAUGUAUCAGAUGAACAUAAAGCAAUGUGCUGACAGCAGUUUUCAACCUCUCAGUAGUGUCCUUGAAGUUUUAAAAUACCCAGAGUUUCACAUUGUGGGGUGUGAUAUUACUGACCUGUUCGGAGAGCACAAUGAGAGACAUGCAAGUUUGCAGAGUGAUGACCAAAAGGAAAGAAGUAAAUCUGCAUUUUCCUACCAAAAGGUGUGGGAGAAAUUCAAAACUCAGAGUACAUCUGAGAGGGAUCUUUUCCUGAAUGACUCAUUCCCAGAUGGAUUUCAAUGGGCAAUCUCCACUGAGUCAUUCAAGGUAGAAGGUGGUUGGUCUGAAGAUGGAAAAGGGGAGACUGUCUGGGACCGUUUUGGACAUGAUGGCCAAGUCUUUGCUAACCAGACUGCUGAUCUUGCUUGUGACAGCUAUCACAAGGUGGACUACGAUGUGUACCUGCUUAGGGGCAUGCUCUCUUCUAACUAUCAGUUCUCUAUUUCUUGGGCCCGAAUUUUCCCCACAGGUCGAAAAGAAAGCUUACUUGAAAAAGGAGCUUUGUAUUAUGACAAGUUGAUUGACACACUGCUUCAUUCAGGUAUAGAGCCUACAGUCACCUUACAUCACUGGGACCUGCCACAAACCCUGCAGGACCAUGGUGGCUGGACCAAUGAAUCAAUUGUGGUGGCAUUCAAGGAAUUUGCUGAUUUCUGCUUCUCCAGAUAUGGUGACCGAGUGAAGACCUGGAACACCUUCAGCAGUCCCUGGGUAGUUAGCAACUCUGGGUAUGGCACAGGCGAACAUCCUCCAUCUAUCAAAGACCCAAUUGUCGCUUCUUACCAGGUGACACACAACAUGAUAAAAUCUCAUGCAGAGGCCUGGCAUGUCUACAAUGAUAAAUAUCGGAUGAAGCAGGGUGGAAGAGUGGGCAUUGCUCUGAACUCAGACUGGGCUGAACCAAAAAAUUCUGCCAGUGUUCAGGAUGUAGAGGCUGCAGAGCGCUACCUGAACUUCAUGCUGGGAUGGUUUGCUCACCCCAUCUUUGUAGACGGAGACUAUCCAGCCUUGCUGAGGAAUCAGAUUGAUAAGAAGAAAGCUGAAUGUGGUAAGGAGGUGGCCAGGCUCCCUAUAUUUACAGGAGCUGAGAAAGAGAGGAUCAGAGGUACAGCUGAUUUUUUUGGGCUAAAUCACCACACUUCCCGCCUUGUCAGUGAAAGCAGAGGCAGUUGUGUCCCUGGACCAGAUAGCGUUGGGGACAUUGAGACUCAUAUUGACCCAAAUUGGCCCACCACAGCAUCAAGCCAAAUUCAGUCUGUACCAUGGGGUCUUCGUCGUUUACUGAACUAUAUUGCUACAGAAUACAUAUCAGUCACCAACGUACCCAUUUACAUCACUGGAAAUGGAUUGCCAACCGAGUACAACAGUGAUUUGCUCAAUGACACGCAGCGUAUAGACUUCCUUAAGGCAUACAUCAAUGAGGCAUUGAAAGCUAUCCACUUUGACAGUGUUGUGGUGCAGAGAUUCACUGUACAGUCCCUAAUAGAUGGAUUUGAGGGUCCUCAAGGCUAUAGCCAAAGAUUUGGUCUCCAUUUUGUAAACUUUGAGGAUUCCAAUAGACCCAGAACCCCAAAAGCUUCAGCUUACUACUUAUCCCAGGUGAUUCAAAGAAAUGGUUUUAAAGAAAUGAGUGCAAAGUCUUUUAGACAAAUCACUGGUAAAGGAACUGAAAGUUCAUGGCGCCCUAGCCUUCCACCAUCUGAAGUUCCUUCAAAAUCAAAAGUUGUUUGGGAGAAGUUCUCACAUCAAUCCAGAUUUCAGAAGAAGCUUUAUCACUAUGGGACAUUUCCAGAAGGAUUCCAAUGGGGUGUUUCAUCCUCAUCCUAUCAAAUUGAAGGUGGCUGGAAUGCUGACGGGAAGGGACCUAGUGUGUGGGACAAUUUUACUCAUAAACCUAAUAACAUUCAAAACAAUGACAAUGGUGAUGUGGCUUGUGACAGCUAUAAUAAAAUAGAGGAAGAUCUGUACAUGUUGAGAGCCCUGAAAAUAAAGACUUAUAGGUUCUCUUUAUCCUGGCCUAGAAUAUUUCCCAGUGGUUACAGAGAUUCCUUAAACAAGAAGGGAGUUGACUAUUACAACCAAUUAAUAAAUGGUCUAAUUGCAUAUAAUAUCACACCAAUGGUGACACUCCACCACUGGGAUCUUCCACAAGCUCUUCAAGACAUCAAUGGCUGGGACAAUCUCACUAUGAUUGACAUAUUCAAUGACUACUGUGACUUCUGCUUUGAAACAUUUGGAGACAGAGUGAAGUUUUGGAUGACCUUCAACCAACCCCACACAAUUGCCUGGUUAGGCUAUGGAUUGGGAGCUUUUCCCCCCAGUAUCAAGAAACCUGCAGAUGCUCCUUAUAGGAUAGCACAUAACCUUUUAAAGGCUCAUGCUAGAGCCUACCACACCUAUGAUGCGAAAUACAGGAAAACACAACAUGGUCUGGUUUCCAUUAGUCUGAAUGCUGACUGGAUUGAACCUCUAGAUGUAAAUGUACCUCGAGAGGUGGUGGCUGCUGACCGAGCUCUCCAGUUCCAGCUUGGAUGGUUUGCACAUCCCAUUUUCAAAAAUGGAGACUAUCCUGAUGCCAUGAAAUGGCAGGUGGGUAACAAGAGUGAGAUUCAAGGCUUAUCUGAAUCCAGGUUGCCAUCUUUUACUGAGCAGGAGAAAGCUUAUAUCCAAGGCACUGCUGAUGUCUUCUGCAUUAACGCCUACACUACUAGAAUGGCACGUCAUGCAACGUCUAGACUUUCCCCUAAGUCCUAUGAGUAUGAUCAGGAUCUUGUUAUAGAAGAUGUGUCAGACUCUCAAGCCACUGCAAUGACAGAGUUGAAAGCGGCAGCUUGGGGACUAAGAAGACUUCUAAACUGGAUAAAGGAAGAGUAUGGGGACCCAGAAAUUUACAUAACUGAGAAUGGAGUGGCUACAGAUACUGGUACAACAGUUGAUGACACAGAUAGAAUAUUUUUCCUCAAGACCUACAUUGAUGAGGCUCUUAAAGCACACAACUUGGAUGGAGUGCGACUUAAGGGUUAUACAGCUUGGUCUCUAAUGGACUCUUUUGAGUGGCUUAAUGGUUACACUGUUGGCUUUGGACUUCACCAUGUGGAUUUUAAACACCCAGAUAGGCCAAGGACUCCGAAACGCAGUGCUCAUUAUUAUUAUCAAGUAAUGAGAGACAAUGGUUUUCCACUACCAAAUGAGGAAAAGCCACUGUAUGGCCAUUUCCGUGAAGGAUUUGCAUGGAGUGUAGCUACUGCAUCUUAUCAGAUUGAGGGAGGCUGGAGAGCAGAUGGAAAAGGUUUGAGUAUCUGGGACACAUUUGCACACACACCUCUUAGGGUGGGAAAUGAUGACACUGGGGACAUUGCCUGUGAUAGCUACAAUAAAAUCACUGAGGAUGUUGAAGCACUUAAAAAACUCAAGGUCAACCACUACCGUUUCUCCAUAUCAUGGCCAAGAAUUCUGCCUGAUGGAACUACUAGAAAAAUUAAUGAGGCAGGAUUGAAUUAUUACCACCGACUGGUGGAUGCACUUUUGGCAGUCAACAUAAAGCCUCAGGUUACACUGUAUCACUGGGACCUCCCUCAAGCUUUGCAGAAUGUUGGAGGGUGGGAGAAUGAUACCAUCGUUACAAGGUUCAGGGAUUACGCAGAUGUUGUCUAUAGCAGUUUAGGAGACAAAGUAAAGUUUUGGAUCACAAUUAAUGAGCCUUAUAAUGUUGCAAAUAUUGGACAUGGUUACGGCACAGCUGCACCAGGUAUAAGUUUUCGACCUGGCACAGCACCUUAUAUAGUGGCUCACAACCUCCUUAAGGCCCAUGCUGAGGCUUGGCAUCUGUACAAUGACAAGUACAGAGCCAAACAAGGUGGUAUCGUUGGUAUCACCAUCAACUCAGACUGGGCAGAGCCUAGAAACCCAUACAAACAAGAGGACUAUGAUGCAGCCAUGCGUGUUGUGGAGUUCCAGAUUGGCUGGUUUGCUCAUCCUGUAUUUAAUGGCGAUUACAAUGAUGUGAUGAAGAAUAGAAUUCGAGAGAGAAGUUUGGGUGCUGGAUUGUCCAAAUCACGCCUUCCAGAAUUUACCCCAGAAGAGGUGAAAAGGAUAAAAGGCACCUAUGAUUACUUCGGGUUCAAUCAUUACACAACUGUGCUGGCUUUUAACCUGGAUUACAAGAACCUUCAACACUAUGAUGCAGACAGGGGGGUGGGAACUAUCCAUGACCGUUCAUGGCUGGAUUCUGGAUCAUCCUGGUUGAAAGUAACCCCAGCUGGAUUCAGAACAAUUUUGAACUUCAUCAAGGAACAGUAUGGAAACCCUCCUAUUUACAUUACUGAGAAUGGCAUUUCUGAAAGAGGAGACAUGAACCUGAAUGACCUUCACCGAAUCCACUACUAUGAAAACUACAUUAAUCAGGCUCUGAAAGCUUAUUUGUUGGAUGGAGUAGACAUCCGUGGCUAUACAGCCUGGACUUUAAUGGACAAUCUGGAGUGGGCCACUGGUUUUGCAGAAAAAUUUGGUUUAUUUUACGUGAAUCACUCAGACCCGUCCCUACCACGUAUAGCCAAGAAGUCUGCCACACACUAUGCCACCAUUAUCAAUUGUAAUGGCUUCCCAGAUCCUUCAGAGGGAGCACAUGAAUGUCAAAACCUUGGACCUGAAGGAACAAGCUCACCCCCCACACUUUCCUCCUCUCCAGAUGAGGCCAUGGGGGUGAACUUUCUUGGUUUAGAGGUUUCUGCUCCAGAUGCUGAGGUGGCCCUAUAUGUCCUUCUCAGUCUCACCCUUGCAGGUGUGAUCACAGCUGCUCUCAUGACCUACCAAUUCAUUAAGUCAAAAAAACAAACGAAAGACUCCAUCCUGGAAAACAUCAGCCUUAAGCAGAAAUUUUGAUAAAACACUACUGUUUUUCUGGGAUUGUUUCCAUGGAAACUUUGGUUCAAAUUCCAAGUCUAGUAAAUAAAUGUGGUUUAUAAAUGUGUAUGUCCCAGAAAAAUGCAUUAGUAGGAUUUUUCUUGCCAAGUGAUAAAUUGUUGCAUUUCUUUAUAUUAGUAUUCAUUCUUUGCUUUUAUCUGUAAUGUGCCUUGGUGAUACGAACUUAUUUGCUUACGCAUAAUAAAAAACUUU